GCAAAAGGAAGAUUGAGAGACGGGCUCAGAAGCUGCUGCGCCAUUUGAAUAUCCAAUCUCCGUUCAAGGCCAUGUUUGCUUGCAGGCACUUCAUAUCCGCGCAGUCAUGGGAAAUUCUAGCGCGAAGGAAGAUAGAUUCUCAGUUGAAGAUUGAAGGAUAACCUGGGCCACCAGCUGCUUGGUGAUACGAUGUAGGACCACUCUCGCUAAAAAAGGUAAAUGGAGAACUUGGACCGUUGUCUUCGCGAUGGAUAUCUUUGAGCUAAAGCGCCUUUUCUUUAUAUCCACUAUAUUGUAAAUUGCUUUCUAUGGCGAAGAGCAUUUUCGAAGCCGAAGACCGGAGAAGCUCUAGUGUGGAAAAUAGGUUUGGGCGCUUUACCCUCUCUUUCGUGCAGCAUGCAUGUGUCCACACUGCAACUCAGUGUAGACGUGGCAAGCCCCGAUGUCCUUAUCAAAAUGAAGUAUGCUUACGUGGCUUUAGUGACGCUGUGGGCUUAUGACUACGUCAUCACAUUGGAUGAAGAGCUGCCAUUUAUUACCACCUCGACCUGGAGAAUUGCCAAAUAUCUCUAUCUCGUGUGUCGAUAUGUGCCUUUCCUUUAUCUAUCGGUAGUUUCAAGCCGGUCAUUGGCGGGCUAUCCAUCGCUCAGCAUGUGUCAAACGUUAUACUCCGUGAAUUCAUAUGUCGGUAUCCUGAUCAUCGUUUCAGCAGAAAGCAUAUUUUUCGUACGCACAUAUGCCAUUUGGGAGCGUUCCAAACGGGUAUUAUGGGCGUUCGUUGCCACUGUCAUUUUUAUCGUCACGCCCGUAGUUGGCAUUCUUGUGAAAUAUAAUUCCUCGACAACCGUCACCAAUUGGAUCGCCACCGGGGUGCCGGGCUGUUCGAAGACGGGUGAAACUUCUGCUGUACUUUAUGUGUAUGUCCUCAUGGUCAUCGCCGAGUUAGAAAUAUUGUGCUUGACAUUGUAUCGAGCCAUUGCUAAAUACCGACGCGAACGGCGUGCCAACGUGCUCAGGGUCCUUGUACAGCAUAACGUAUUCUACUUCAUCGGUGGGGUUGGAUCGUCUAUUGUGCUCAUCAUUGCGAUUGCGAUAUUCCCUCCAUCAUACUCUGAUGUAGUGUCCAGCAUGCAAAUUACCGUCCAUGCCGCGUUGGUCACGAGAAUGCACCGAACACUAUGGAGAUACAAUGAACACUAUGCUCAUUCAGAUGAAUUUACCCUGACCACAUUCAGUGCUCCUCCACCAUUACGGACUGUGCAAAGUGCAGUUGGUUAUUACAUGGAGGAACCUUUUGGGAGAUAAAGAUCGGGAUCAACCCCUAUGAACAACAUACGACCAUUCCGACGUCAAUGCAUGAUGAUACUACCCUCUUUUCCGAAUGGAGGUACAAUGCCGUGUUUUUUCUUGACAAGGCCUCUCGCUUAGACAUGGGAGCGUGCACGGCAGUGAUCUUCGAUUAUCUCCAGCAUUAGAUUUGCUGUUUUAGUUAGAGCUCCAUAGACCGCAAACCAUCGGACGUGGACUCAGUUAACGUCAGAUGAUUUGAUCUACAUAGCCAUUUCAUUGUGUUCAUCUUUCGGGUUUGUGGAGAGGAUACGAUGUAAUGGAUGGAAAUCAAAGGUCAUAACCGCGGAAA